CCCAUGUGGAACCCCCCCAUCUCGAAGCGCCACAUGGGUCCGUCCAAGAACCACAAAGCGGAAGAUUAGAGUUCGAAGAAGCGAACGAUCACCUAAUCUAAUGAUUAAACGAUUUCAACGAACUUUGAUCAUCGCCGUUAUGUUAGCGUUACCGGUUGAGGCACAGAAGCAGUAAGUCUAUAGAUUUGAGGUUCUGUCUGCAUAAAGUUUGUCUUGAAGAAAAAAAAAUAGUCAAGGUUGUACUUCAUGGCCAGGAUAAAACCUCAGGCUUUGCUACUCCAAAGCAAAAAGAAGAAGGGGCCAACUCGUAUCAGUGCCACUACAAUAAUUCUGUGCAACCUAGUUGUUAUGUUGCUUGUAUUGUCCUUGGUUGCUACAUACAGGCAUUGGUCUCAGAGGUCUACGGAACAAACAGGACUAUCAAAUUUUGAGGACACUUCGGAUAUCUUAACAGAUUCAAAGAAGUAUGAUCUUCCGGGUUAUGCUGUUUUGAAUACAUCAAAGGGUUAUAUUACAGUAGAACUGUACAAAGAUGGUUCUCCUGAGAUUGUGGACAAAUUUCUCGACUCAUGUCAAAAGGGCUACUUCAAAGGGAUGCCUUUUCAUCAUGUGAUCAAACAUUAUGUAAUUCAAGGAGGGCAUUCCCAAGGUCUUGGAGGUACAGAAGAUUGGACUACAAAAGUGAAGCUUCGUAGUCGGCUUGCUACAAGCCCAAAGCAUGAGGCAUUUAUGCUUGGAACUUUGAAAACUAAAGACAGCCAAGGGUUUGAGAUAUUUAUUACCACUGCACCAAUUCCAGAUUUAAGUGAUAAGCUUAUGGUGUUUGGACGGGUCAUCAAGGGAGAGGAUGUAGUGCAGGAAAUCGAGGAGGUGGACACAGAUGAACACUAUCGGCCCAAAUCCCCUAUAGGGAUCAUCAAUGUGACUCUGAAAAGUGAAAUUUGAGUGCUAUUACUACUUGGUGUAAAUUUUUCCUAUGGGUAGUGAUAACACUCUGUGAUACCGCAUGCUGGAGAUUUCUCUCCAAGGUUGUUCAUGUGCUACAUUUUUCUUCAUACUUGCAUUUCCACUUAUCCACUCCAGUCUUUUUUGGGGUGGGGGGUUUUGGAGUUUACGGGGGCUGAAUUGUUUUGGGAAGUAAAGGGCCUUCAUAUUUUUGUGUAGGCAAAUACAACAUUCUGUUUAAUUCCAGUGAAGAUCUGUUGUGACCCCCUCUGUUAUUGUUGUUUGUCAUUUUUCAUACACUUGUUUGAUUUCUGUAAAAGGUGAUUAUUCUCAUUUA